AUGCGGCCAGACUCUGCACCAAAAUACCCUGUCGUUCUCGCCCAUGGCUUGCUCGGGUUUGAUGAACUGCACCUUGCUGGCCCAUAUCUCCCCGGUGUUCAGUACUGGCGUGGAAUCAAAGAGGCCUUGACGGCGCGGGGUAUCGAAGUUAUCACGGCGUCAGUGCCCCCGUCAGGCUCUAUUGAGGAACGGGGUGAACAAUUGGCCCGAAGCAUUGAGGCUGGGGCUCCAGGGAAGGAUGUUAAUAUCAUUGCACAUAGCAUGGGUGGUCUUGAUGCACGAUAUAUGAUUACUCACGUACGACCGGAGAAGUUCAAAGUCUUGUCACUGACCACUAUCGCGUCUCCGCAUCGAGGCUCAUCUGUGGCGGACUACGUAUUUGAUCAAAUUGGAGCCGAUCGCCUACCCCAAAUCUAUUAUGCCCUUAAUCGAUUAAAUGUCGAGACAGGUGCAUUCGCUCAGCUAACAAGAAAAUACAUGACCGGGACUUUCAAUCCUAAUACCCCAGAUAUGGAUGAUGUCAGAUAUUUCUCCUAUGGAGCAGCAAUGGAGCCAAGUAUAUGGUCCCCCUUUCGGCUUUCACACCGAGUACUUGCGGAUAUUGAGGGACCCAAUGAUGGCCUAGUUAGCGUGUCUAGUAGCCGCUGGGGAGGCGAUGCAGGAUACAAAGGAACCCUUAUGGGCGUGAGCCAUCUGGACCUGAUCAACUGGACCAACCGGCUUAAGUGGCUAGUCGGGGAAGUAACGGGCAACAAACGAAAGUUCAACGCCAUUGCAUUUUACUUGGACAUCGCAGACAUGUUGGCAAAAGAGGGACUUUGA